GAGGACCAGUUCCCUCAUCAGGCAGCCUGAUACUGCCAAAGGGCCCUGGCACGUGACCACGAUGGGAAAAAGUGGGGCCAACGAGGAUUCCGCCCACAAUGAACUGGAGGAGCGAUAUUCGUAUUUCGCAGCCACGAAACUUGAACUACGACUUAGGAAAACGAAACAACCACGCCUCGCCUUCCUACCUCGAUUUACCCAUCCGCUCAGAUCACAUUACCGACAAGAUGCCUGCUCAGGUCACAGACAUUAAGCAAUUCCUCGAGAUUGCGCGCAGAAAGGAUGCCAAAGGUGCCCGCUUGAAGAAGUCGGAAAAGUCCAAGGACAUCAAGAUGAAGAUCCGGUGCAAGAGAUACGUCUACACUUUGAUCCUCAAGGAUUCGGACAAGGCCGACAAGAUCAAGCAGAGCUUGCCUCCUACCAUGCCCUUCCAGGAAAUCAGCAAGAAGACCAAGAAGCCCAAGAAGGCGUAAAUCUAGUCUUUCUUUGAAAAGCAUCUGAUGUUCGGCGCACGGAACGGGGGUCGCUAAGCUGGCCUGCCAUGCUAGACGAGUGACACGAAAUGCUGGGCUGGGCAUCAUGACCACCGCGUUUAGUCUUGGUCCAACCGGGACAACUGAAUACGAGCUGGUUUUCAAGCUGAGUGGGCAGGGGUACGGACGGAGAUGGUCGAGCAGGGGAUGUGGGAUAACCAUACCCUACAGUGCAUUGAUCGUGGCUACCUUCCUACUGGUGUACUAGUAGUAAUACUAGGAGUCGUACAGCAAAGCAAAACUUGAACCGUCACGUCGAAACACAAAACAAAUUCCGUUCUUAAAGUAGUCUCAUCUCGUUGUAUUUCAUUUCAUUUCGUCUGGUUAGCCAUAAGUACAUCUAUGGCAUUGACCU